GCUGCUCAGCCCCGCGCGGCGCGCGCGCGCUCCCGAGUGCGGCCGGCGCGGCUCGCCCCAGCUUUCAUGCGAGGCUUUGGGUCAUGAUCACAGCGCCCGCGCUUUCUGCUCCGAGAAGUAAGUGCGGCGGCGGCAGAGACGUCGGGAGCAGCCUGGGCGGCGGCGCGGGACUCGCCUGGCAGGACGGACACGCUGGGAAUACAGGCAGCGGCGGCGGCAGCACCAAGCCCUUCUUCCACCCCGUCCCGCCGUCCGACCCGCUGCGCCAGGCCAACCGCCUGCCCAUCAAGGUCCUCAAAAUGCUCACGGCUCGGACCGGCCACAUCUUGCACCCCGAGUACCUGCAGCCCCUGCCCUCCACCCCAGUCAGCCCCAUCGAGCUGGACGCCAAGAAGAGCCCGCUGGCCCUGCUGGCUCAGACCUGCUCCCAGAUCGGGAAGCCGGACCCGUCCCCCUCCUCCAAGCUCUCCUCGGUCACGUCCAAUGGCUCCGGCGGGGACAAGGACUCCAAGUCGGGCCCGCUGAAGCUCAGCGACAUCGGCGUGGAGGACAAGUCCAGCUUCAAGCCCUACUCCAAGCCGGGCGCCGAGAAGAAGGAGCCGGGCGCGGGGGGCUGCGCGGGCGCCUCCUCCGGGGGCGUCUCGGGCGGGGAGAAGUCGGGAUUCCGGGUGCCGAGCGCCACCUGCCAGCCGUUCACGCCAAGGACAGGCAGCCCCACCUCCAGCGCCUCCGCCUGCUCGCCCGGGCUGCUGCCGGCCGAGGCCAAGGCGGGCGAGGACAAGAAGGACGCCGAGGGCUGCGGCAAGGGCGGCGGGGCCGGCAGCAAGCCGGCGGGCUCCAGCCCCCUGGCCGGCGCCUCGCCGCCCUCCGUCAUGACGGCCAGCCUGUGCAGAGACCCGUACUGCCUGAGCUACCACUGCGCCAGCCACCUGGCCGGCGCCGCCGGCGCCUCGUGCGCCCACGACCCGGCGCUCAAGUCCGGAUACCCGCUGGUCUACCCCACGCACCCGUUGCACGGCGUGCACUCCUCGCUGGCGGGCGCCACGCCGCCCUCGCUGGCCGGCCACCCGCUCUACCCCUACGGCUUCAUGCUCCCCAACGACCCGCAGCCGCACAUCUGCAACUGGGUGUCGGCCAACGGACCGUGCGACAAGCGCUUCGCCACGUCGGAGGAGCUGCUCAGCCACUUGCGGACCCACACUGCCUUCCCGGGCACCGACAAACUGCUCUCCAGCUACCCCAGCUCCUCGUCGCUGGCCAGCGCGGCCGCCGCCGCCAUGGCGUGCCACAUGCACAUCCCCACCACGGGGGCGCCCGGCAGCCCGGGCACGCUGGCCCUGCGCAGCCCGCAUCACGCGCUGGGACUCAGCAGUCGCUACCACCCCUACUCCAAGAGCCCCUUGCCCACCCCGGGCGCCCCCGUGCCGGUGCCCGCGGCCACGGGACCCUACUACUCCCCCUACGCACUGUACGGCCAGAGACUCACCACAGCCUCCGCGCUGGGCUACCAGUGAGGCCGGGCGGCGGCCCGGCCCCCUCUGCUCUCCCCCCGGACUUUUUUCUAAGAGAGUGUUCGCCCGAGGACCGGCCCGGGAGCACCGUAUUUAUUUCUGUUAGCUUCAAGCGGGACAGUGAAUCAUAAAGUGCAUUACGGAGGGGAGCUCGCUAGGACCCCCGUGGAUCAACCCCCUUGUAGAAUAUAAAUAAAAAACCCGGCAACAACUCGAGGUCUUCUCUUUCCUGUUACUUUAAAACAAUUGCUAUGAUUGUAUUGUACGUUCUUAUUUAAUGUCUCCUUGAAACGGGAAAACAAAAAGAAAAAAAAAUUGACGUGCAUGUUUGUUACUAAAAAAAAAAACCCAACAAAAAGCCAACUCGCAAUUUGUCAGCUAUAACUUCAAAUUGCAAUUAUUUUUAAGGUGUGUUUACCCUUGAAAGAGAAUUGGUAUUUUUUGUAUGUAUUCUGGAAGAAAAAAAAAAUCAAAAAAGACAAAAAAAAAAAAAAAAAAAAAAAAAAAAAAAAAGAGCAAACCCAACCCCGAUUCUAUUCCAAAAACCUCAUUUGCCUUAUUUUGUUCUUUUCAAAGGAACACGUAACUCUUUUUAAUUUUGAAGCCCGCCCGGCCAGAGGGGGUUCAGUAAGGUUUACGUCAUGUACUAAAAUAGACAAUGUAUCGCUUUAAAGAUUAAAAUUCCGUAUAUUUGAUGUA